GCGGCGGCGGCGGCCCGCGCGCGCGGCGGGAGAACCUAGGCCGGUCCCCUGGCGCGGCGCCUCCCCGCCCCCCCGCGUGCGCCCUCCGGCCUGCGGCUGCCGACUGAACCUGGGCGCCCCGGCCGGGCGCGGGCCGGCCAGCUGGCAGCGGUCCCGCCUCGCUCGCCCCGCCGUGGCCAGUGGGCCGCGCGCGCUUCCCGCCGUCGCCGCGGUCGGGAGGACGGGCGUGCGGGCAUGGCCCCGCCAGCGACACCGCGCUGCCUCCCCCGGCCGCGGCCAGCCCGCCGCGCCGCACAAAGAGCCCGGGCCCGGCUGGCCUUUCAGAGCAACAGCCUGAGAGUCCAGGUGUCCCGGGGUUCCGUGCUCCGGCGGCUUCCAUGUGUGUUUCACGGCGAGCGCCUGGUCGGCGCCCACGUCGCCGCGUCCCCUCCAUUGUUGGUGUCCUGGGCUUAGGGGCUCGGAGGUAGGUGUAUCUGUGAAGAAACCAGUGGACUAAGAGAGGGAGGAGAGGAGCCCAGCUGUGAGGUGUGUACGCCCAAGAGCCAUGUCUACACGGGAGUCUUUUAACCCGGAAAGUUAUGAAUUGGACAAGAGCUUCCGAUUAACAAGAUUUACUGAACUGAAGGGCACUGGCUGCAAAGUGCCCCAAGAUGUCUUGCAGAAAUUGCUGGAAUCCUUACAAGAAAACCACUUCCAAGAAGAUGAGCAGUUUCUGGGAGCAGUUAUGCCAAGGCUUGGAAACACAUUGCUGUAUUGGCAACAUGCAGUGUUCCGCAUUGGGAUGGAUACUUGUGUCAUUCCUUUGAGGCAUGGUGGUCUUUCCUUGGUGCAAACCACAGAUUACAUUUAUCCUAUCGUCGAUGACCCUUACAUGAUGGGCAGGAUAGCAUGUGCCAAUGUACUCAGUGACCUCUAUGCAAUGGGGGUCACAGAAUGUGACAAUAUGCUGAUGCUCCUUGGAAUCAGUAAUAAAAUGACCGAUAGGGAAAGGGAUAAAGUGAUGCCCCUAAUUAUACAGGGUUUUAAAGAUGCAGCAGAGGAGGCAGGAACGUCUGUAACGGGUGGACAAACAGUGUUAAACCCCUGGAUUGUUUUGGGAGGAGUGGCUACAACUGUCUGCCAGCCCAAUGAAUUCAUCAUGCCGGAUAACGCAGUGCCUGGGGAUGUGCUGGUUCUGACCAAGCCCCUGGGGACGCAAGUGGCCGUGGCUGUGCACCAGUGGUUGGAUAUUCCUGAAAAGUGGAAUAAAAUUAAACUAGUGGUCACUCAAGAAGAUGUGGAGUUGGCAUACCAGGAGGCGAUGAUGAAUAUGGCAAGGCUCAACAGAACAGCUGCUGGACUCAUGCACACGUUCAAUGCCCACGCUGCCACUGACAUCACUGGCUUUGGAAUUCUGGGCCACGCACAGAACCUGGCUAAGCAGCAGAGGAACGAGGUGUCCUUUGUGAUUCACAACCUCCCUGUUCUGGCCAAGAUGGCUGCUGUGAGCAAGGCCUGCGGAAACAUGUUUGGCCUCAUGCAUGGGACCUGCCCGGAGACAUCAGGAGGCCUUCUAAUCUGUUUACCACGUGAGCAAGCAGCUCGGUUCUGUGCAGAGAUAAAGUCUCCCAAAUAUGGUGAAGGUCACCAAGCAUGGAUUAUUGGGAUCGUAGAGAAGGGCAACCGUACAGCCAGAAUCAUAGACAAACCCCGGAUCAUCGAAGUCGCACCACAGGUGGCCACUCAAAAUGUGAAUCCCACACCUGGUGCCACCUCUUAAUCUAGACCGAAAUAGCUAUUUGGUUUUGUUUUUAAAUAGAUCUAUUUCCUUUAUCAGCAUUUCAAUUAAAGACUAUAAACAAUAACAACAAAAUCUCAUUGUGUCUACACAUCUGGUGACCUGAGGUCUAUUUGUGAAUGGAUGCAAUUAAUAAGAUAAAAUCCAUUGCCUUUUUUUCCUGUUACAUUAACUGAAGAUGCACCUAAUCUUGAGGCAGCUUCUGAGUUGAGAAUUACAUUGUUAUCCAAUACUGUUGAUUCAUUUUGAAUCUUUAGACACUUAUCUCUUGCCGCAUAGGCCCUUUUUAAAGGUGCUUUCACAUGGCACAGACAUUACCAGUCGUAGUGUCAAAUUGCAGUUUGUGUCUUUCAUUUCAUGUAUAUUUAUCAUCAGUUUGAUCUUUUUUAAGUGUCUUGAAAGGUAUUCUGGAAAGAUGGAAUUGGUGACACAGUGCUAUCCCAGUAGAUAGAAGGUUGCAUGAUUCCUUUGAGUUUUGAUUUGUAAAGCCUCGUCGUCUAAUUCAAGAGCAUCUCUUUGACCCAGGAUGUUUCCCAAUAUGCAUUCAGUUAAACAAGGCAGGUGCUUAACUCUGCAUGGAAAGCACUUAGAAGAUAAAAAGGAAAUUGUCUUUCUUUUUUCUUUUUUGUAGCCUUCCUAAUAUUUACAGUAAUAUCAUUAACUGCAUUCUUUAUCAAUAGCAAAAACAGGAUACUUUUUGCAAUGUAAUUAGAUGUUCUAUAGUGCAACAAGAAAUUGCCUUCUAAAAGGGGGGGAGGGUUCAUGUAUAAUAUUCAUUUACAAUUCAAUAUAAUUACACAAAUAAUUUUUAAAUAGAAUCAAUAAUAAAGACUGUUCUGUGGAUGGUAGUGCAUAAUACAUUUUAUAUUUUGUAUAGUGAUUUCAGGCCUUUUGUUUUCUUAAAAUCAGCAGCUAUUUAACCUGAUUCUGAGCAUUACUUUGUCCUUUGCGCCAGAACUAUUUUGUGCACGCUUUUUGUGAUGUGUUAAAAGUCUGCAUUGCCAACAUUGCAGCUCGAACUUAAACUUGUUAUUCAAGUAAAUAUUUAAUUUUUUUUAUUGCUCUUGUAUAACAGAUUCCCCUUUUAGUAUUAUUUUAGAAGCAUUGGGAGGGUUUUGGCUAAAGUACAAUUUAUUGGGGAAAACUAGAUUUUAGUUUUAUAAAACUUUUAAGUCUUUCAUGGGACCUAUAUUUUCUUGAAUUAAAUUUUGUAGUUCUAGAAAAAAUAGGCGAUCUAAAAAGGUGUUUAUCUGUGUUACUUAGAAGCAUAGGCUUCCUUAUAUUGUAACCUACUAAGCGAUCUGGAGGGAUUCCUGUCAUUAAGCACAAGUGCACUGACCCCUCAAGUGUCUGCAUAAGAGAACAAGCACCACAUCGCUGCAAGUUUCCAAAUGCUUCCUACGUACAGGCCCCAGAGCCGUGUGCACCCAUCAACUUCUUGCCAAAGGAAACAGCCACUGGGGAGAGCAAGCCCUGGAAGAGGCUUUACCAUGGACACUCGCCCUUUCGGAAGCCCAAGAGCAGCCUGUCUGGCAUGUGUCACGAGCUCAAGCCAUAGAAUGGUGUGCAGUACCUGAGAGGCUGCACAGAACUGAAGUUAAUUGGACAUUUUAUAGGGAUUUAUACAGAUGUUGGUCCUCAACAACUACAAUCCAGUGGUCUGCAAAAUAAAAUGUGUUGGAAACCUCUGA